AUGGCUAUACAAUUGGCUGAUUUUUCUUGGGCGGUGAUGGUGCCGAAGAGCACUAGCAAAAUGAUGAUCAAGUUUCUACUUGUACUGCUCAUCAGCCUCUCAACCGUUCUGGCGGAGGGAAACGCAUGCAAUCCGAUGGACCUGAAAGGGCUGACUGAUUUCAAAGCCGCCAUCCACAACGACAUUGGCAACCGCCUAGCAUCGUGGGUUGGCCACCGUUGCUGCAUGUGGAAAGGAAUAACUUGUGAUAACAGGACCGGCAGAGUUACCGAAAUCUAUCUACCAGCUUCGAGUUCCGGAGCCCGCCUGGAAGGCUCUCUGUCUGCUUCCAUAACUCUGAUAUCUUUCCUUCAAAUCCUUUAUAUUGGUGGCAACCCUGGGCUUGUUGGGGAGAUUCCACAAAGUCUUGGGAGUCUUACGAAUCUGUUUCAGCUGUAUUUGGCCUCGAAUCGGCUUUCGGGUUCUAUUCCUGAGUCGGUCACAAAUUUGACAAAUUUGGUGCUCUUCGAUCUUCGUAACAAUUCUCUGACCGGUCACAUACCGCAGAGAAUUGGUCAGUUGCAGGCCUUGCUAGAUUUUGAUGUUUCAAGAAACCUUUUGUCUGGGAAGCUUCCACCUUCAAUGGCCAAUUUAUCAUCCGUUGUAACUAUAUGGUUGCACAAUAACUUUUUUGAGGGGCCAAUUCCAGUUUUAAAAAUGCCAUCUCUCAAGCUUUUAUUGCUCGCGAAUAAUAGUCUCACCGGAAGCAUACCAACAAACUUUGGAGAUUUGAUUUCGCUCCGAGAGGUUGACCUAUCGAACAACAAGCUUGAAGGAGCAAUCCCAGACUCCCUGGGAAACUUGAGCAUGCUACUGGUGCUCGAGUUGCAGCAAAACCGCUUUUCGGGGAAAAUUCCAGACGAGUUUCUGAAGCUGGGGAAUCUGGAGGUAUUGAAUUUAUCAAACAAUCAUCUCGUGGGGAAAAUUCCAGAGGGCAAACCGCUCAGUGACUUUCCCAAGAGUUCUUACUCCGGAAACACAGGCUUAUGCGGAAAGCCUCUCACUCCCUGUAAGCCUAUCUAG